AAUGAAAUAUAAAGCAUUGAGACCAAUGUACUGUUGAGGCGCACUUUCUGGAAUCCGUGUCUUCAUAUGGUUUUCAUCGUUAUUAUUUAAGAUAUCACCAUUGUUUGGGAUAUUCAAUUGCCAAUGCAUGACAUCUCUAAGUGUUCAGACAAUUUAGACUUUCUGGAUUUGCUUGCAACCGUUCGUGCGGAUCAAAUUCACUCAGGAUCAAACAAUACACGCACAGGACCGUAUUUGAUACGAUACUCCACAUUCCUCAAUCACUUACAAAGAAUUGCUAUACACUGUGGUCUUCAAUUGUCUUCAGGUCCAUGCUCGGGUAGUGGAACAUCUACUGGAGCAUUAGUGUGGAGAUUAACAUCUGAGUGCUUUGCAGUAGUAGUUGCUGCAACUAAUAACUCGAUCACAACUUCUGAUUCGACUUAUAAUAACUCACCAGAACUGACGGAUCUUAUUUCUAUUGCCGCAGUUUAUUUCGAGUUUAAUCAUGAUAAAGCUGUGCCCUGUCCGGAGCUGGCCACCGAUCUCAGUAUGGGCAAAUAUAGUUCAUUACUACAGCAUGUAGAUAAUCUUCUGACGAUAUAUGCAGUUCCGGGUGAUAAGAUUGAUCGUGCUCGAACCUACUUGUGUUUACAGGCUCUUGAGAAAGACUUGAGUAUGCUGACUCAGGCAAUGAGAACUGACUUAGAAAAUAAUAUCGAUGCCAUAAGUACAUUUAGGCGAGCACCAAAUCAGAAACAUGAUGUAUUUAGUAUGCGUGACCUAGUAAAUCGUUCACUCGUUGGACACUUUGUUGGACGUACAGGAGGCCGGCUAGCUAGACUUACUUACCUAGUCACAUCUGCACAGGCUAUGAUCAGUAAUGCAACUGCAGUAAUCAAGAAUAAUUUACAAAUGAAUUCAAAAAGUGCAUAUUCAACUAGUAUUGGGUGCGGAUCUCGUGAUGGUCUAAUUGGAGGAUAUAUGGCACGCAUCGGACUUUGUCCUAGGUUGUCGUAUGUGGAGGAUACUUCCGCAGUUGCCCAGUCUACAGUUCAAAGACUUCCAUUUAUGCCUUUAGUGACACUACAGAAAGAUGCUUAUGGUAUAAGUGUUCCUCAUUUCGCUCAACCAGAUGAAAUCAAGUGUAUAUCAAUUGAAGCUGAAUUCGUACUACAUCUAGAUCCUCCUUUACCAAUCUCAACAGAUGCAAUUCAACAACUUGAGCGUACUACAGGUUUAAGCAAUACAGAAAUCAUAGAUCAGAAAGAAGAAGAUAUAGUUUUAUUGAUUUUACGGAAAUAUAAACAGGAACAUUUAUAUGGAAUAAACACACAUUUACAAAACCCAAAUAUUACACAACAUAGUUAUCAAAUUAAGAGUGAUGUCAAAGCCUAUCUUGUCAGCUCAGUUCCAUUUACAUGUUCAGAUCAAAUUGGUGAAAUUAUUUCUAUUCUUCGUAAACAAGCAUCAGCUUUAGCGUUUUAUGAAACAUUUAUUGUUCAUCCUGAUAAACCAGUGGAAAAAGAUGACGCUUUAACGUUCUCGUUUAAUAUUAGAAUCAUGAGUGGUCAGAUGAUUUCACUAGAGUUUGAUGAUCCUAAUCGCCUGGGAGCGAAAAUUCAUGCUUCUUUACAUGUGCGUCCGUUCGAUGUCCAGUGUCUGGAAUUAAAUUAUUUUUCAAAUACACAUGAUCGCUUGAAUAGUAAUUGUACAAGUAAUGACAAAGAAGAUGUCAUGCAACUGAAUAAGCUGGACAUAGAGUCUGGAGGUAAUCUCAAAGCUAACUUCAGCAAAAUUCUCACAAAAACACAUACAUUACCAAUUGGUUUUGUCUGGUUACUUACUCAACUCCAAUGUCCUGUUCAUAAACAGUUGGUAAGCAUGAAGUUGCCUGUAACCAAUUCAUAUAAUAGUACUGAGAAUAAGGAAAGCUAUUCAUCAGUCAGUCAAAAUCAAUUGACUUCUUUAAGGACAAUGCUUAAUCGUGUUAAAUCAUCUAUUAUAAUCCGUGGGGCUAACGGUACUGGUGGUGUACUUUGUGGUGGAGAUCGAAAAGUUUCACUGGAUUUCGAAUCUUCCUCAUCAUUCGCUGCAGCACAAGUAUUUGCUUUAAACACACCAAACUACUUGAACAGUGCUAAAAAGAUACCUCCUUUACCUCCAGGUGUCAUGGCCACACCUCCUCCUGCGUUUACUCAUUUGGAUACAAGCUCAAGUGACCUUGGUAUUAUAUCAUCGUUGCGACCCGUGAACUCUCAAGGCAAACUACGUGAUAUGCAUUCCAAUUCCAGUUUACCAGUUGUCUCAACUAAUCCAUCUCGUGGUUUAAGACUAGAUGACUUAUUAGUUGAUAGUACAUUUCAAACACAACAACAGUUACAACAGCGUAAUCCACCUCCCAUUUCUUUUUCCCACUCGUUACCAAGCUAUGUAUCGCCUAUUCCUGGGACACAUACUACCUCUUUGGCGGAUGUGAAGGAAGCGUAUUCUGAUAUGAUUAAUCCCAACAUUUCUACAUCAAAUUAUCUUUCAUUACCUACUAUUCAUUCCUCACAUAAGUAUGGGUCGUCUGUUUUAUCCGGAUCAAAUAGUAUCCCUUCAAAUUUGUACAAUAUACCUUCUAUGUCUGUUAGUACUUCCAAUUCAGAGGCUACAAGUUCAUCUGCUGUAGUCAAAUCUAAAAGUUUUACUGCCUCACCGGUUAGCGAUAACUCCAGAGCUCCAUCAACAAGCGGAUCUAUGCUUGUUAAUCUUUUAAACGAAGAUUCACUUUCUACUUCCAUUCCUUUGGUGUCUCCAUCCAGUAUGACAGAUCGUCACCACUACAAUCCCAGUCAUUCUUUAACAAAUCUUCAAAAUAGUCCCCUCACUUCAGCUGCGAGCAGUAUAAACGUUUCUAAUAGUCGACUUCCUGGCAUGAUGUUAUCCAAUAACUCUCAACCGUCUAGUUCAGAUGCACAGUUACCCCAAGGGUGUGGGAAAUCUUUAAGUUCAUCCGCACCAAACCUUACUCCAAAUAGUUCCCAGUACCCCUCCGUCCGUAACUCCAGUUUAAUCACUCCUAAUAAUGGUCGUACUAAACAUACAAGUUUAAAGAACACUCAAGCUAGUUUAACUGUUAACCCCACAAGUAAUCCUAAAAAACCUCGUAAAAGGCGUCGAGGAACGGUGGAAGGUAGUUUCCGAUGCAUUAAUAGUCAAAAAGGUAAUACACCUAUUCCUAGUGUAUAUUCUAACUAUCCCACUACAAAGCACCAGCGUGUUGACACCGUUUUACCAACUACAAGUAUCUCAUUGUCAGGAACCUACCAGCGCCCUACUUUUAGUCAAACAAAUCCAAGUUUCUCUUCAUGUUCACUGCCAUAUGUCCAACAGAGUACAGUAGCAUCUACAGUGCAAAGUAUCAACAUGCAAAUUCCUAACCCUAGUAAAUCGGUCUAUGACUUCGACGAUAACCCCACUUCAAUGUUCGAUGUCCCGGUUGGUAAUAUAUCGUCCUCCAAUUCCCUAUCGUUUUCAAGCGGUUCCUCAUUAACAAGUCCUAAAUCUAGCGUGUCUGUAAACCCAUUACAGUCUGGUAGCCUGGCAGUUAGUAAUACUAAUCCAAUUUCGAAUUUUCCUGUGACAACAAUGAUGUCAUCAAAUUCAAAUUUAGAACGAACCAUCGAACGUAAAACUAGUCUGAAGAUGACGAUAAAAACAAUACCAUCUCAACCAAUUACUUCAACUCCUAAGGCUAGAGUAAACUUUAGCCAGAAUGAAGUUGAUAAGUACAACAAAAUCCAGUCUGUUCAAUCAAAUUCGACCCCUAAUAAUACAUCGGACUCUGGAAGUACAGUUCACUCAGCCCAAACUUUGCCAUCCGUUAAAAAACGUAAAAAACGUUCCGUAGAGGGCAAACCAUCAGCAUAUAUGUUGCAAAUGCUCCAGCUUGCCAACUCCUCAAUUAGUGGUUCUGAUGCCUCAAUUACCACUACUAGUGUUACUACUGGGGCUUCUGGAGUUCCUAGUCAGUCAGCAAUUACUCCUCUUGUACUUAAUAACUCUGGUAUGAAACAAAUCAAAAGUACGAAUAAAUUAGUUGGUCAUGGUUCUGUCUUAGUGAAAAAGGAACGUAAGCGUCGUCUAGGUCAUGGCUUCACAGAGAAGACUCAUUUUUCCUUCAUUCCCAAUAGUAAUACUUAUAACCAGGUACAAGAAACAGCUGACAAUUCAAAUAUACCGAAGCUGAUAAAAAUAAACCGUGUUUCCCGGCCACCAACUUCUGAUGUACCCAAAGAUAAUCAAACGGGAUCAGGUACAACUCCCAAUUUGUAUAAUAACUGUAUUUCGAUGUCCCCCAACUCAUCAUUAAAAAAGAAGGUUUCUGCACUUAAUUCUACUCCACUUGGGACUGGUGCUGGAACUAGUUCCGGGGGUGAUGAUAUGAUGGUUGCCAAAAGGUUGUUUUCUUCAUCGACUUCGCCCUUAGUAAGCGGUGACAAGCGCAAACGCAAUCCAGAAACUUCGAAGCAGUCUAACAACUCUCAGUCUGCUUAUUCUAAUUCAGGUACCUCUAGUGAUUCUGCAUUUAUAUCUUCCCCCCUACUUCCUUCUACUAGUUCAGAUCCACCUAACAACAGUAACACAUCACGUAAAACACCUCGUCCAUCAUUACAUACAGCACCUAAUUUACCUCGUGUUCCACAUACUCCCACAAGUAAAUCUCAACCUGUUCAACAAAGCAAUACUCUCAAUUAUUUAUCCUCCAGUUCAGUAUGCACUACAAAUCCAGCUUCUGUAAGUGUUGUUGGUUCUUCAUCUGGAUUAAUUAAAGGCUACAAGAUUCCUAAAAAGAAAAGUACAACCACUGGCUGUUUACCAAGUGUACCUUUAUCGGACGCAAGUGGGGACAAGUCAGUUGGAAUGCUGUCUACCACACUUCAGCAGAUACAAGAAAGCGUUUCAUCCUACAGGGAUACACCAGAUUCUCAAUCUCCAGAAAAAUCUGACGAAUCCAGUUUAACUAUUGUUGAAAAUAUAUAUCCAAGUUCUAACGAUCCUAAUCUGGAGGGCGUAGAUCCAAUAAAUGUAGCUGGGUACAAUGCAAAUAUCAAUGAUGUAGCAAGUAAUACUGAUGACAAUUCUUCAAUCCCGUCCGAUUCAGUUUCAGGCUUUACGGCCCCUAAUACUGAAAACUGUUCACAAUCCAUCCUUCAUCCAAUUUCACUACAGUCCAAUUCGUCCGUUUCAGGACAAUGUUCGCAAUCGUCACAACAGCAUCAACAACAACAGCAGUUUCCCCGUAAAUCUUCAGUGAAGAGUAUUAGUGAUAUUGUUGAUAAAUUACGGGCAAAAUCUACGACUACCAUAACUUCGUCUACUUCAACAAUUAUCAGUGAUUCAUCGAAUAUCGGAAGUUCUGACACAACAGCAAUCACUUCAUAUGAAGUUAAAGAUUCUACAAUGCUCUCUGAUAAUCCAAGCUGUCUCCGCAGUAUAACUAAAAAAAAUGAUGAAUUUCAAGACCAAUGGAGAGACAAUAUCUUCGAGAAAUUUUGUCCAAGUGGGACACCGACACCGCACCAAACAGAAAAUGGUCAGAACAAUAUAUGUAGAUCAGAUUCUGAAGUGGAUUUGAGCACAUCGAUUGAAAAUAAUGAAGAAUCUGUAUGGACUAGUGGAAAUAAAGAACCAGUGCAUGAUAAAGAUGAAAGAAAUAUAUCCUCAUGUAAUUCAAAUGCUCCAAUGAUUCAUUCGAAUACUCAGUCUAUCUCAGAUUCAGAGGGGAAACAAGGCAAACAACAAUUUGAGUGUAUUAAAGCUAAUACUGAUACACCAGCAUCACCUACUGAAUUGUUAACCACGGUGCCCACAUCUAAUUCAAAUAUGUCAAGUAAGAUUAUCCCUAUAUCUCCUACAAGUAUGAAGUGUCUCAACUCCACUGGUUCAAUAUCGGGUACCAAUAUGAAGCCCAACAUAGUACGACAUAGCUCUUUACGUUUCGAAAAGAAAACUGGAUCUGGGCGUUACUCUCGAUUAGGGGGAGGUGUAAAUGGAAUGAUAAUGCAUGGAGGUCUUGUUCAACGUAGCAAUUCUGAUAAUUACAGUCAUUCUAGCGGUGUACAUGGUCAUUCAAAUCGUCUCCCACGUGGUGGAAUGAAUAAUCCGGUAAAUUCAGUUUUUAUUACUAUUUCUUUCGUUAAAUUAUCUUCAAUGCUAGGAGUUUGCUCUAAUCUCCAUGUUGAGUAGUUUAUACUCUAUGAUGCAAGGCUGCAACAGUGAUACAAAUUUGUUCAAAAGAACAUUCCUAUGUGUAUGUAAUUCACUGUUGAAACAUCCUUUUUUUCUCAGUAAUCAAAAUUUAUUUUCUCGUAAUGGCUUGGAAUGUUAUGUUGUUUCGUUUUCAUUACAAGUUAUUGGUUAUAUCGAAUGUCACUUUUGUUAACCGAUAUGUGUUAGUGAAGAAGUUUUUUUACUCUUACCGUAUUCAUAUUCGAACUCCUAAAUACGCCAAUUUUCAGAGAGAUAACAAAAAAGAGAACACAUUGUAAUUGCUAAAAGAUGAAUGUAACUAAAGGAUAAAACUGUGUACUUUUGAUACCAUAAGAAAUAAAUAAGUGAAAUUUGAUAAUAUUUCAGCAAUCAAGAUUAUAAAGCAAGAAAACGUUUUGUUUAACAGCAAAGUAUAUAAAAUAAUGAUUUUCAAAUAAGCCGUUCCUAGUCACCCAACGAAUUCUUUCCAUAAAAUCAAGUCAAUUGAUGAUAGAUUGUGCAAAGUUAAUUCAAUUAAGGGGUAAGCUUUUGUUGAUAUUGUUAUAGCUGUAGGCUAUUUACUUGUAUUCGAAGAUGAGAUUGUUUAAAAAAAUUAGUAUGAUCUAGUCAACAUAACACACAUCUUUGUAACUUGACAGUAUACUUCUAGUAUUGUUUAAAUGAAUUCGACUUAACUUGUUGCUCAGUGAAAAUUUCAAUAUUGUACAUCCGUUUGUCACUUGUUUACUUGAUAUCGUUCUGGUUCAUUUAACUAUUCCGUGUGUUCUUAAUAGCCUGUUCAAAUGAGUAACUUCACAACUUGAAUCGAUUGCUCUGUGGUCAAGUAAUCGUGGUUAAUACUUGACCAAACAAACUAUUGUGCACAUGCGUCACACAUACCUCAGAUUCGUUCGACAUGAAACAAAACUCGGGUAGAAAAAUUAUCGUUUGGUCAAGAACAUGUUAAUUUGUAUGUGUUCAGAAUGUACUGUAUUUAAGGUAAUCGGAACUAACUAAGGAAACAAAAUAUACUACUCUUGCUAUCUAACUAACGAAAUUAAUAUUUCUGGGUGUACAGGUAUAUAAAUGUUUCUAACUUGAACAUGGAAAAAUUAUUUGAGAAGCUUGUAUUUUCAAUUCUAGUGUGAACAGUCAUUGCUGUUAAUUAAAACAUUUGUUUGAUAGAUUCAUCUAGUCAUAACCAUAUCUUAUGACAAAAUCGGUUAACGAUCAUUCAAGGAGUUAACAGCUUAUCGUUUGUACACAUAAAUAUUGUCUGUUAUCAUUAAGAGAACAUUAAAUUUCAUCAAUCUAUUGUUAUUUAGUACAUUCAAAAAGGUAUUUUUUAAGUAUAUUUUAUUAGUGUACACUGAUAGUGUAAAUAGUGUUGUACACUAUUGUUGUUAAAUGCUACCGUAAAUUUGGUAACAUUUUUGUUUAUUCUCACAUAAACCAAUGUCUUAAUAGUUCAAGUAUACGAGUUUCAACCGUUAUAUCAUGAGUUAUAUUUCUAGUCCUUUUACACUACAAGUUUAGCUCAAAGCUAGAUUUCUGAAUCUAAACUUGAUUGUUGAGUUGCAUUGAAUUUCAUAUGUCUCAAUGUAGGUAAAUCCAUAUGCUUUAAAUUUUCUGUUAUUUUUAUUCCUUCUUGAUAGUUUCAUGUUAUUAUAUUAUAUAGUCUAGUGUAGUAAUAAGGUACAACUCAGCAACCAAGUACAAAUACAUUUUCUCAACUUCAUGUUGAACUUCUAUAAGGGCUAUAGAUACUACUGGAUUGCCUAAACCUUAUUAGACUAUGGAUUAUGUGUUUAGAAACAUGUAACUUGUUAGUUAAGAAAUUAAUACUAAAUAAUCAUUUAAUCAUCACUCCAUUAUAAGACUAGCGCAUAAUACAUAAUGAUAAAUAAUUAUACUCUUAUAAUCCUCUUUUAGGAAUACUGGCACAAAAACAAAGUGAGUAAUAAAUAACCAAAACAAUAUAUUUUCACUACUAAUCACAGCUAAUA